GGGAGUGAACACCUUCUCUCCCGAGGGAAGACUCUUCCAGGUGGAAUAUGCCAUUGAGGCCAUAAAGCUCGGCUCCACAGCCAUUGGGAUCCAGACGUCGGAAGGAGUGUGCCUGGCUGUGGAGAAGAGGAUCACUUCUCCCCUGAUGGAGCCCAGCAGCAUCGAGAAGAUUGUGGAGAUCGACUCCCACAUAGGGUGUGCCAUGAGUGGUCUGAUAGCUGAUGCCAAGACUCUGAUUGAUAAGGCCAGAGUGGAGACUCAGAAUCACUGGUUCACCUACAACGAGACGAUGACGGUGGAGAGUGUGACCCAAGCUGUGUCCAACCUGGCCCUGCAAUUUGGGGAGGAGGAUGCUGACCCUGGGGCUAUGUCCCGCCCAUUCGGUGUUGCUCUGCUCUUCGGAGGAGUGGAUGAGAAAGGACCUCAGCUGUUCCACAUGGAUCCCUCGGGAACGUUCGUGCAGUGUGAUGCCAGAGCCAUCGGCUCUGCCUCCGAGGGAGCCCAGAGCUCCCUGCAAGAGGUUUACCACAAGUCCAUGACGCUGAAGGAAGCCAUCAAAUCCUCCCUGGUCAUCCUCAAGCAGGUCAUGGAGGAGAAGCUCAACGCCACCAACAUCGAGCUUGCCACAGUGGAGCCUGGGAUGAAAUUCCACAUGUACACCAAAGAGGAGCUGGAAGAGGUGAUCAAAGACAUCUGAACCCCAGGGAGAGACCCCCAAAAUCUCAUCCCUCAGCAGAGGAACUGGCCCAGCCCUUCCAGCUCCUGUGGUUCUCUUUCCUAGCAGCUCCUGAACCAGCUGCUCC